GCCCGGGGCGCCCCACAGGCAGCAGCCGGGCAGAAAGCGGAGCCCCAAGGCCCGGCGACGGGCUAGGGGGUCCGGGCCCCACCCCGCGGGCUUUGUCCCCCCGGCCGGCCGGGCCGCCGCCUCCAGCAGGGGGCGGCGGCGCCGCGCAGGAGCCGCUCCCCCGGCCCGCCCCGCUCCCCGCCCGGCCGCAGACAAAGGCGGCCGCCCGCCCGUCCCGCCGGCUGCCAGCUCCGCGCCGGGCCCGCGCGCGGCAUGGGCGGCUCCGGGGGCCCCGCGGAGCCAUGAGGCGCGGGCUGCGGGCGCAGCGGCGAGCAGCAUGGCCGGGGCCGGGGCCGGGGCCGGGGCCAGGGCCGGCCGGCGCGGCAUCCCCAAGCGCAAGCCCAACUUCACGCUGCAGGAGAUCGACAUCCUGAUGAGCGAGGUGCUGCGCUACGAGCAGCUGCUCUUCGGCGCCAGCUCCACCAACGUGAACGCCUACGAGAAGCAGAAGAUCUGGUGGCGCAUCACCAACAAGAUCAACGCGGCGGGCCGCAACCAGCGCGACAUCGGCGAGGUGAAGAACCGCUGGCGCGGCCUGCGCCGCCGGGCCAACGACAAGAUCACCCGGCACCGCCAGGAGCGCCAGGCGCCGCCCGACGCCCGCGGCUACCCCGCGCCCCGCGAGCCCGAGCUCGGCCCGCAGUGGGGCCUGCACGGCGUGUGCCCGCCGGACGCGCCGCCCGGCGCCGGCGAGGUGCCCGCGCCGCAGGGGACGGGUGUGAAGGAGGAGCCGGUGAAGGAGGAGCCGGUGGACGUGAAGCCAGAGCCAUUCCAUGCACCUUCCACUGAGGCCAUCCAUCAGCAAGUGAAGCGGGGAGGAGAGAGGCGGCUCCUCAGGAGCGCUGGCCAUGUGCCGGACGAUCCAUGUGAAGGCUGGAGCCGGAGCCCACAGAAUCCCUCACAAACCGAACUCUCCAUCAGCGAGCUGGGGGGGCAGCAGGAGCCCCUGGGCACAGAUUUCACAAGUAUUAUCUUUGACCAAGAGGCAGAGCCCCUGAAUGAUUGUAACGCGAGUGAGAGCGUGACCCCUGUAACUGUGGCGCUGCAAGAGGGGGGGCUGGAGAGUGGCCAUCUCAGCUCCGUGGAGAAGCGGAUUCUCCAGUCCAAUGAGCAGCUGGUGCAGGAGAUGCGAGCCUUCCGCAGGGAAUAUGCGGAGAGCCGCAGGGAAACUGCCUCCAUCCUGCGCAUCAUCGCCAAGGCCCUCAGCAGCGUGAGCAGCAGCCUCUGUGAGAUCCGUGAUCUCUACCUCCGACAGCAAGUGACCCCCAAGCAGUGAGGGACCACUAGGCCGGAUCAUCACGCAGCUGGGGUCGGGGGCACAGGCAGGACCUCCCACUGCCAGGGAGGGAAGUGCUGAGAGGGGCUGCAUGGAACAGAGACGUGAACGACCCCUCAGCCAGAGAGAGAUCUGGGGUUGGGGACAUGGUUCUCCCACACUUUCCCUACUUCAAUAAAACUCUGAACUGGC